AUGGCAGCACUUGUGUCUGAUGAAAACCCUUGUAAAGGUUCUAUAGAUAAGCAAGAGGAAGCGCUGGGUCGCUGGUAUAUGUCUCGAAAGGACAUAGAAGAAAAUUCCCCAUCAAGAAAGAAUGGAAUCGACCUGAAGAAAGAGACAUAUCUGCGCAAGUCAUAUUGCACAUUCUUACAAGAUUUAGGCAUGCGACUUAAAGUGCCUCAAGUAACUAUAGCAACGGCCGUAAUAUUCUGUCAUCGAUUCUUUCUCAGACAAUCUCAUGCAAAGAAUGACAGAAGGACAAUUGCCACAGUUUGCAUGUUUUUGGCUGGAAAGGUUGAGGAGACUCCUCGUCCUCUUAAGGAUGUUAUUCUCAUAUCUUAUGAGAUGAUUCACAAGAAGGACCCGGCAGCUGCACACAGGAUAAAACAGAAGGAAGUAUAUGAGCAGCAGAAAGAAUUAAUUUUACUUGGAGAGAGGGUUGUACUUGCCACUUUAGGUUUUGACUUGAAUGUCCAACAUCCAUACAAGCCCCUUGUCGAGGCCAUAAAGAAGUUCAAUGUUGCAAAGAAUGCCCUUGCACAAGUUGCAUGGAAUUUUGUUAAUGAUGGGCUGAGGACAUCACUCUGCCUGCAAUUUAAGCCACAUCAUAUUGCGGCAGGUGCCAUUUUCCUUGCUGCCAAGUUCCUGAAAGUGAAGCUUCCGUCAGAUGGUGAGAAGGUUUGGUGGCAGGAGUUUGAUGUCACCCCACGCCAAUUGGAGGAAGUUAGCAAUCAAAUGUUGGAACUUUACGAGCAGAAUAGGCUUCCACAAUCACAAGGAAAUGAAGCAGAAGGGGCUACUGCUGGGGGGGUGAGAGCUUCCUCAAAGGCUCCUGCAACGAGUGAGGAGCAGGUCUCAAAACAAAUUGCAUCUCAUUCAGCUCCUCAGCGCACAUCUGUAGAAAAUAAUGCAGCACCACUUACAGGAACAGAAAACCAAAGCAAUGAUGGUAGUGCAGAAAUGGGUAGCGACAUUACUGAUCACAAGAUAGACUUGGAAACCAGGGAUUCUCAGACCUCAGAAAAGUUGCCCGAGAAAGAUAACCAGAGAGAAGUGGCAAAUAGAUCUAUCUCUGGAGCUGAACGAGUAGUUUCUGGUGACCAAGAUAAAAUAGUUGGUACAGAGGAGGCUGCAGAAUUAGGAAGGAGUGAUGAUACAUCAUACAAGUCUAGCUUUAAUGUUGGUCGAAAUCCGGAGCUUCGGGAAGGCCCACUUUCACCCAAAGAAGCAAUCAAGAUGAUUGACAAAGACAAGGUAAAGGCCGCUCUAGAAAAAAGGAGAAAGGAACGAGGUGAAAUGACAAUAAAGGAAGAUGCAAUGGAUGAGGAUGAUCUUAUUGAGAGGGAGCUUGAAAAUGGAGUUGAAAUGACAAACAAGGUAAUUGACAAAGACAAAGUAAAGGCUGCGAUAGAAAAAAUGAGAAAGGUACGCAGUGAAAUGACAAUAAAGAAAGAUAUAAUGGAUGAGGAUGAUCUCAUUGAGAAGGAGCUUGAAGAUGGAGUUGAGCUAGCAGUUGAGAAUGAGAAAAAUAAGCGAGAGAAAAGACGGAGUUGGUCUGAGCCUGAUGGUGAAGAUAACAAAGAGUUGAAAGGGAAAUUACGGAAAGACAGGAAUGAAUGCAAUGCAGAAGAAGGGGACAUGAUAGACGAUGCUUCAUCCUUGUUGAACAAUCGCAAGAGAAAGAUGGAUAGCCCUCCAGCCAGUCAACCAGAGAUGAAGAGGCGUCUUGAUUCUAAUUAUCACAAUGAUCUUUCUGAAUAA